AUGGAGGAAACUCUCAAAAUCACCAAAAACCACCACAAACAUCUCAACAAUCCUUUCCCUUCAACCCCAAGAUCCCUCCCUUUGGUUCAAGGGACUCUUUCUUUCAAUCCCCAAACAGUCCCUUCACACCAGAUCUUCUCCAUUGGAAAGGAAUUCCAAUCAACAUGGCUAUCAAAGAAUGGUGGGUCCCUCUCUAUCUCUCAUCAAUCAGAACCCACCAGAGCCAUCUGGUCCACCAACCCUGGACAAGCCUUUGUCUCUGCAGCAUUGGCUGAAACAGAGGUUGAAGAAAGCAGGGGAUCAUUUGUUAUCAGAGACGGAGAUGUUCAUUUUGUAUGUAAUCAUCAGAUUAUUGAUGAAAUAAAGGUGAUAAAUCGAUCUGACUAUAAACUAUAUUCGGAAUCCCAUGAUUUUCCAUCUGGGUAUGACGAAAAAGAUCAAAAAACUGAGCCAAAGGGAACCCAAUUCCCUGUAUUGCUAAUUUCAGGCAGGAUUUUCGGUGUGAACACAAGGAAGAAGAAAAUUCAAAGUUUGGGAAUGUAUUCAGACUUUGUGGAAAACGAACCUUCCAUUUCUGCCAAGUAUUGGGUUUUCUUUUAUCAGAAGAGCAGUAAUCAGAUUGGGUUCCACGUGAAGAUUGGAAAACCCAAUCCUCAAUUCCACCCAACCAGGCGUCGAAUCGGGUGGCCCCGGUAUUUUUCGAAGAGAAGAGCCAUUGUCACUGCUGCAUCAACAGACGAAGAAGAUGUAUUAGUGAAUGGUGAUGGACACAAAGAUUUCAACCGAGUCUGUCUUACGUAUACGAGUGAAGCGAAUGAGAGAUUUUAUGGUUUUGGAGAGCAGUUUUCUCAUAUGGAUUUCAAAGGCAAAAGGGUACCCAUUUUGGUUCAAGAACAGGGAAUUGGAAGAGGAGAUCAGCCAAUAACCUUUGCAGCCAACUUGGUUAGUUAUAGGUCUGCCGGAGAUUGGAGUACUACCUACGCUCCGUCACCAUUCUAUAUAACAUCAAAGAUGAAAUCUUUAUACCUCGAAGGAUACAACUAUUCAGUUUUCGAUCUAACAAGACAUGACAGAGUUCAGAUACAGAUGCAUGGAGAUUCUAUUGAAGGAAGGAUAUUGUAUGGGAACUCACCUCUGGAGUUUAUUGAAGGCUUCACUGAUGCAAUCGGAAGACCGCCAGAGCUUCCUGAGUGGAUUAUAUCUGGUGCUGUGGUUGGAAUGCAGGGUGGCACAGAUUUCGUACGUGGUGUCUGGGAUAAACUACAGGCCUAUGAUGUCCCAGUUUCAGCAUUCUGGUUACAGGAUUGGGUGGGUCAGAGGAAAACAGUGAUUGGAUCACAGCUUUGGUGGAAUUGGGAAGUGGAUACAACAAGGUAUUUCGGGUGGCAGCAACUAAUUAGAGAAUUCAGUGCCCGGCACAUUAAAGUCAUGACUUAUUGCAACCCAUGCUUAGCUCAGGUGGAUGAGAAGCCAAACAGUAGGAGAAAUCUCUUUGAGGAGGCAAAGGAGCUGGAUAUAUUAAUCAAAGACAAGAAAGGAAAACCAUACAUGGUUCCCAAUACGGCCUUUGAUGUGGGAAUGUUGGAUUUGACACACCCACAUACUGCAAGCUGGUUCAAGCAAAUUUUACAGGAAAUGGUGGAUGAUGGUGUGAGGGGAUGGAUGGCUGACUUUGGUGAAGGCCUGCCGGUGGAUGCCCUUCUCUAUUCAGGUGAAGAUCCUAUCGCAGCCCAUAACAGAUACCCGGAAUUAUGGGCCAAAAUAAAUCGUGACUUUGUGGAAGAAUGGAAAAGUAAUCGAGUGGGUAAAGAGAGGGAAGAUCCAGAAGAGGCCCUGGUUUUCUUCAUGAGGGCUGGUUUCAGAAAUAGCCCCAAGUGGGGAAUGCUAUUCUGGGAAGGGGACCAAAUGGUUAGUUGGCAAGCUAAUGACGGCAUAAAGAGUGCCGUAGUUGGCUUGUUGAGCAGUGGACUUUCGGGAUAUGCUUUCAACCACAGUGACAUUGGAGGCUACUGUGCAGUAAAGUUACCUUUUUUGAAGUAUGAAAGAAGUGAGGAGUUGCUGCUGCGAUGGAUGGAACUUAGUGCAUUUACCACUGUCUUCCGGACUCAUGAGGGUAACAAGCCAUCCUGCAACAGCCAGUUUUACUCAAACCACAAGACUUUUUCACAUUUUGCACGGUUUGCAAAAGUGUAUAAAGCUUGGAAGUUUUACAGGAUCCAACUAGUCAAGGAAGCUUCACAGAAAGGCAUUCCUGUUUGUCGCCACCUAUUCCUUCACUACCCACAUGAUGAAUAUGUGCAUAACUUGAGUUAUGAGCAAUUUUUGGUUGGGGAGGAGAUACUAGUUGUGCCUGUUCUUGACAAAGGCAAAAAGAAUGUGAAGGUCUAUUUUCCUUUAGGAGAAACUUGCUCUUGGAAACAUAUUUGGACAGGAAAUCUGUACACAAAGCAAGGUUCUGAAGCUUGGGUGGAAGCCCCAGUUGGUUAUCCUGCCAUUUUUGUGAAGGCUGGAUCACUCGUUGGAGAGACAUUUCUGAAGAACCUAAGAGAAUAUGAUGUUUUAUAGGGCAUAAGCCCUCUUGGAAUGCUUCUCAACAUCUCAGGUUAUCAUUUUUGUAAAUAACUUGGUAGAUAGUCCCUGUAUUUUAUAACAAAGUAGGUAUAUUUCAAAUAGCUAGUCAUUGUUUCAGUUUUUUGGGUGGUAAAGUGCCACCUCAUUGUGCUAAUAAGCAACAUUUAGAGAAGCCUAAACACGGGUUUUUGUUUUUUCCGUCA